UCAAGGAACUUAAUAUUAUGGGAUUAAUAUUACCCUCCACCGCCACCGCCACCGCCACCGCCACCUCGAUUACCUCUGGACACUCAACCCCUUACCAUCAUAUCCCGGGCGAUGACAGCCGGAAAGCUUCAACAACAAGCAUCAAAAUACAUGUGUUCUCUAAAAUCUUCCCUCCUCACUCUCGCAAUCCUAACAUUAAUCUCCUUCACUUACCUUUCCAUCAAUUCUCUCCAAUCCUCCUCUUCAUCGUCCUCCUCCUUUUCUCCUAUCGUCUCCAGUUCCGUUUUAAAGCAGCUACAGAGAGGGACGGAAAGAGUGACGGAAGAGAAAGGGAACUCAUUUGACAAUGAGAUUCCGGAUCUGUACCACCAGCCUCAGAUUUUCAAAUUGAAUUAUGAGGCAAUGGAGAGGAACUUCAAGGUUUAUAUCUAUCCCGAUGGGGAUCCCAACACCUUUUAUCAAACACCUAGGAAAUUGACUGGCAAGUAUGCUAGUGAGGGUUAUUUUUUCCAGAAUAUCAGAGAAAGUCGCUUCCGGACUGAGGAUCCAAAUCAGGCUCACCUCUUCUUUAUCCCCAUCUCCUGCCACAAGAUGCGAGGCAAGGGCACCUCUUAUGAGAAUAUGACCAUAAUAGUUCAGAAUUAUGUGGAGAGCUUAAUAGCCAAGUAUCCCUAUUGGAACAGAACAUUGGGUGCAGAUCACUUCUUUGUCACUUGUCAUGAUGUUGGUGUAAGGGCAACUGAAGGAGUUCCGCUUCUUGUAAAGAAUGCAAUACGAGUUGUGUGCUCCCCAAGUUAUGAUGUAGGAUUCAUUCCUCACAAAGAUGUUGCUCUUCCUCAAGUACUGCAGCCAUUUGCCCUUCCAGCUGGAGGGAAUGAUGUAGAAAACAGGACAGCACUUGGUUUCUGGGCAGGUCAUAGAAACUCCAAAAUAAGAGUAAUUUUGGCACGCAUUUGGGAAAAUGAUACAGAGCUUGAUAUUUCAAAUAACAGAAUAAGUAGGGCUACAGGACAUCUAGUAUAUCAAAAGAGAUUUUACAGGACUAAAUUCUGCAUAUGCCCUGGUGGUUCUCAGGUCAAUAGUGCUCGCAUAGCUGAUUCAAUCCACUAUGGAUGUGUACCUGUAAUAUUAUCCAACUACUAUGACCUGCCAUUCAAUGACAUUCUUGAUUGGCGAAAAUUUUCGGUCAUACUUAAGGAACAAGAUGUAUACCAGCUCAAGCAAGUCCUCAAGAAUAUAUCUGAUGAAGAGUUUGUUACUUUGCAUAAAAAUUUGGUUGAGGUCCAGAAGCACUUCCAGUGGAAUUCACCUCCAAUCAAAUAUGAUGCAUUUCACAUGGUCAUGUAUGAUCUGUGGCUGCGCCACCAUGUUAUCAAAUACUAACGGGAUAAUGGGUAUGAUUCCUAUUGACUUUUGUAUACGCUCAAAGGCUGCAUGCUAACAACCCAAAACCUGUAAAUUAUCAGUCUUAUACUUGUUACUCUGUGAAGGGAAUCAGAGACAAGUAAGGUCUUUAUUUAAUUUGUUCUUUCAUUCAUCUUAUGCAUCUUUUGUAUGUAGAUACAAUCUGUGAUUCUUGUUCUGAUACCAAAUUCAAUAUCUUGUUCCACAUAA